UGCCCCCCCAGCCAUCUGAUUGGCCCCCCCAGCGGCCCCCCCAAAUGAUCGACAUGUCACGACACCCAGUCAUUCCUUCACAGUAGGUAGCACUAUGUACCACAAUGGGUUGUGACACUUGUGACUGUUGUGACUGCUCAAAAGCAGCAGGGGGCGAUAUGCACCAUUUACGUUUAUUGUGAUACACCAUUUGGACACAACAGAGUUGACCCAACAGAAGAAGAGAAGGAGAACCGCGAAGAGACGAUAGAGAAAUAUUGUACAGCUAAGAGGAAUACAGUCGAUUUGACUCCAAGACGGAUAAUCUGACUUCAAAGGGUCAGUUGAGAAUGAAAAGACAGGGAGGCAGGAUAGACAGCUUCUUUAUAAAAAGAAGCAAAUCAGGCACAGAUCAAACAGGGUUCAGCUCUGACAUCAGCAGUCCUGGUAGCUCAUGUCCUGAGAACAGUCACGAGAAAGAAAGUCUGGCAAACACCAAUCCACCAUCACCAGUUCCAUCAAAGGAGGAGUCUGAAAACACAGAAAGCUCUGCGCCUGACCAGGAUGAUGAUGAGCCAGAAGGGGCAAUUGCAGGAGAUACCACUGAUCUCUUCUCAGCAGUGUCCAGCACUCCUUUUGCUUUUCCAAAAGGACCCAGUGAUAUUUCAAAGUCAAAAGAACAGGGCCCUGUUCAGCCAAGUUUGACAAACUUCCCCAGAACUCAGCAUGGAACAAGAAAGAGAACUUUUCACAGCUCCUGGUACAAAGACUAUUCUUGGUUAGAAUAUUCUGUUAUUAAAGACUCCUCCUACUGCUUUGCCUGUAGGCAUUUUUCUUUGCCUAAUGCACCAGAUAGUGUCUUUGCUUCGCAUUCCGGCUUCAGUAAUUGGAAAAAGGCAUUGUCCAAGGAGUCUGGAUUUAAGCUUCACUCAAAGUUAGAGCACCAUGUAAAUGCAAUGUAUGCAUGGAGUCAAUAUAAAAGGGCUAAUGAGGGAAAUACAACCAUGCUAAAUUCUAUAAACACAAACCGGAAAAAAGUGGUGGAAGAAAACCGUUAUUAUAUUAAAACAAUAGCCGAUGUUCUUCUUUUGACUGCAACACAAAAUAUUGCUCAAAGGGGUCAUCGAGAGUCUGGGGACUCUAGAAAUAAGGGAAACUUUUUGGCUAUAUUGGAUGAAAUAGCAAAGCAUGAUCAGUUAAUUGAAAAAAAGCUUAGAGGAUGUGCCAAUGCAAAAUACACAAGUCAUCAAAUCCAAAAUGAAAUUCUUCAGGGCUUAGCAGAGAUGGUACAGACUGAAAUCAUAAAAGAAGUGAAGGAAUGUGAAGUGUUCAGUGUUAUUGCAGAUGAAACAAAAGACUUGCAAAAAAAGGAACAAAUGUCUUUGGUUGUACGAUAUUAUUACAAUGGUGUCAUUUAGAGGUUAAUGUCCACUUAUGCUUUGUGUGGCAUGCAUUGAUAAUAAACUGCAAAUUACAUGAGCAAAUCUCAUUUCAUGAGUCUUUAUUUAUAUAUAGUAUGUGAAUGAAAGUACUUUUACUGUAUUGUCAUUGUCAUAGUCAGUGGACCCCUUACAGAUAGCCCUGGCCCCCCAUUGGCCCCCCCAGAAAUAAAAGUCUA